GCCCUUGCUAGGGCUUCAGGUGGGGAAGCGGCGGCGCUUCCGGCUCGGCCGGGCUGGGCCAGGCGAUGGCGUCGUUGGGCCUGAGCGCGCGGGAGCAAGCCGGGUGCCGCCAGCUCCUGGAGUUCCUGGAGACGGAAGAGCUGCUGGCGCUGACGGACACCGUCACCAACCGCCUGGUGCACCCGGAGAGCCGCCAAGAAGCUAUUCAUGCCAUUUUGGUUUACAGCCGAAGUGUAGAAGAACUUUUGAAGCGCAGAAAAGUCUAUCGAGAAAUAAUUUUCAAGUAUUUGGCAACACAAGGAAUUCCAGUGCCUCCUUCCUCUGAGAAACAUCUACUCAUUGAUCGUGUAAAGCAGUACUGGAGUGGGCAGCUCACACCACCUGCCUUAGAGUCAGGGAACAGAAAACCACAUGCUGAGAGUCAUGGAGAGAGACAAAAGUCACCGCAAGAUGACAUUCAUGAUCUAGGAGAAGAAUUCUGUCAAUGGUUCUUUGAACUCCUAAAUUCUCAACAUCCCUUGGGAGUAAAAUCUGAAGAAAGAUGGGGACCACAGCAUUUUUGGGGGGAUGCUAAAAUGAAGUUCUCUUACAACACAUUAGAAAAAAACACGGAAGAAUAUGUUGGCGCAGAAAUGGUGAGCCUUCGCCUGCUCUCCUUGGUUAAAGAAGAGUAUCUUGUCUUCAACCCUAAUUUGCAUAAGAAUGGACUGAAAUGUGCCAUGUCUCAACAUGGGUUAGUACUGAUAGCAGUGGCUGGCACUGUACACAGAGACGACACUUGUUUGGGCAUCUUUGAACAAAUUUUUGGACUCAUUAGCUGUCCUGUUAGAGAGACUACCUGGAAAAUAAAAGUUGUGAAUCUUAAAAUAGUUGGACAGAAUGCUCUGGAACCUGGGAUGCAAAUUGAAAAACCUUCCACAAAAUAUGAGUCAAAGCAACUGCAAGAGUUGUAUGAUGGAAAAGAACUGACCAUCUUUGAACCUCAGGAAUUCUGAGCAAUUCUUUCACAACUGAGUAACUGGGGGGAGGGGGGAACGUACACCACUUGUAGUGCAUAAUUGAAUAUUGAAAUGGUUGCAGCCAUGUGACGUCUUUUUUUUGAGUCAGGUUUGCUGGGUGACAAACUUGAGAUACAGAGUCUAAUGCAUUAAUACGGGUGAUGCUUUUGGGCACCUUUCCAAGGGGUAACAAAUAUUUCAGAGUAUAACUUUAGAUUUUGUACUGUAGUUAGGAAUGGAAUUAGUUUGGUUAUUCUUGGUUACAAAACAUGUUUACAUUUAAAUAUGGGUUGGCAGCAGUAUAUAAUGAGCUAGAUGACUUGGGGCUCACAAAGCGCAGGUUGCUUCUCUUCAGGACACCAGUGUAAACUCUUGCCUGAGUUGUAACAGGAAGUCAUUACUUCUGGCUUUUUGAAAUUGGGAUUGGUGAGUGUCUAAAUGGACAUCUAAGUCCCAAGAAAACCACUUCAGGAGUUUUUUGAGAAAACAGACAAAAUAAUGUGACUGGAGACUGCUGCCAUUUAUGCUCUAAAUGUGGUUCCAUCACUGAACAACAGAAGUAGUUUAAUGGAAUAAUGCAGGGAACUUAAUAUUGCUGAUUUUUUUUUCUCUUUGGGUUAACAGCUUCCUUUCCUUUUACCUUAUGGUUCUAGCUUUGUAAUGAAUGCAGACAGACUCUCUGUUGUUCUGUCGGUGCCCCAAGCAGGCAAAUAUGAGGUGGUUGCCCAAGCAUCCAUUUCCAGCACGGACUCUCUUGGAACAAGUGGUUGAUUUCAUGACUUAAAGCAGCACUGUAUGAACCAAAUGCUUUGAUAAUUAUUUUGUAUAUACUUACAACAGAGGUUUUAAUAUAAAAGUUGUGAUUUUUGUAUGUUUUCUCAAAAUAAGAAUUUUAUCUACUCUGAUCUGCUUUAUUACAUUGACUAGAAGUCAAUUUGUUACCAGUGGGCAGUUGCAAUGACAGGUAGUGUUAAAUAAAUAAUCCAAUUACUACUUAGUAACUGAAAUUAUUGCCAUUGUAAAACUUUAAUUUUUUACUUUUUUUUUUUUUUAAUUUAUAAGUGAUCAGCGGUGAAACAAGAUGGAAACUUCUUUUUCCGCAGCUUGCUUGGAUUGUUUGUGAGUUUUGUUUUAAUUUUAUAGCUUCACCAAUAUAAGUUGUGAAAAUGGAAACAUUCCCUAUAACAUGGGAACACUUGGUUUGAUAUGUUUGUCGAAGAUGACAAAUAGUAAAAUUAUGAGUGUUGAGGGGAAACAAGAAGGUUCAGGUAUGCACAGAACGGAUUUUUAUGAACAGUCCGAAUCUCGAGUUCACUUUAAAAACUUGUAAAAUAAUUUCUUUUCUAAGCAAAAGGUCAAAUACUGUGUUGGAAUGUUCUUUCCCAAUAAACAGUUGAGUUGUGGCUUCUUCAGCUACUGAUGUAUAAUAAAUAAAAAUCAACCUGAAUGUAAAAUUCA